CUGGGGAAAUCCCAUGAUGACAUAGUGAGAUCGCUCCCAAAAGAUGAAGAUGCCCCCGAGCUAGAGUCACGACUUCAAUUCCAUAAGCAAUUUAUGAUAGGAGCGCAAAGUAACAGAGCGGGGUUAGGAUCAAAUAGGAAAGUCCAAGAUGCGGAUAUAUUGAAGUCUUUUAUUCGACAAGACGAGAAUGAUAAAUAUAAGAUCCAUGCAAUGAAUUUAGAAAUGCAGAACGAGUGGUUAGACAUAGGAGAUUUUUGCAUCCCAUUAGGAUUAAAAUGGCGCACUUUAAUUUAUGAUUGGUCGCCAGCAUUGCUAAAAUUCUAUCUCAAUGCGUUCCAGAUGACUCUCCCAGAUCAGAGUAAUUUAGUAAGAUGGGGUAAAAGUACCGAAAAAACUUGCUAUAUCUGUGGAAAGGCAGUUGGAACUGCUAAGCAUCUGCUGGUGGGAUGUAAGGUACUCCUGGACAGCGGUCAAUACUCGCGUCGUCACGAUAGGGUUCUAGAAGUCAUACGUGAAGCGGUUAGUCUUUCGGUAGCCAGAGCGCAAAAGGGAAUAACCACAAACGAACGAUCAGUAGGUUUUGUGAGAGAAGGCUCUAGGGCUACAAAAUCAAACGUCAAGCCUUACUCCAUCCUUAAAGCGGCGUCGGAUUGGACUAUAAUGAUGGACACGUAUGAAAAACAAUAUAAAAUCCCCGAGGAUAUUUGUGCGUCGGCCUCCAGACCGGAUAUAUUUUUGUUUUCGCGAAUUUUAAAGCGCGUAGUGAUGAUAGAGCUUACGGUCCCUUGGGAAACCAACAUCCCCAAAGACCAUACCAUCAAGGUCAACAAAUAUUACGAGCUCACAAACGAACUCACUCGAAAUAGGUUCGUAGUAGAUUUGUACGCGGUAGAGGUGGGAGCGAGAGGUAUAACAGCGAAAUCUCUCUAUAACCUACUAAAGGACUUGGGCUUGUCCAGAACUCACAUUAAUGCAUUCUUGGAACGUACAUCGAAGGCAGCCCUAGUAGGUUCUUUUCAAAUUUGGUUAGGUAGGGAGAGGAGCUUGGACAGUGGAGGUGAGCGUAUAACGCGCCAAGCCCAACCCGGUAUACAUAAAGCUAAAAGUCCGAAGAAGAAAAAUACCCCUGGGACAGUCCGAGAGGGGGGGCGGAAGAACUGUCCACCGGUCGAUUUUAACGGCGAAAACGGCGCGAAUACGGACUUGAAAUGCUCUACGUGCGGGAAAAACUACAAGAGACGAGCCUGGUACAUUAAACAUCUAAAAACACAUAAUGGGGUUGAAGCACGACAAUCGUCGGUAAGAUCUACAACAUUCACUUCGGAUAGAGUUGACCCUCAUGUAUCCCAUGGUGAACCAUUAACUGGAAACCACCAGGAGUCCAUUAACAUCAGGACACGUCUUAGCAUUCCUAAUCUAAAACAAUCGACUUGGAAAGUGCAUGACGACAACUUAGCGGUCCUGUUAGAGCAUCCGGGCUCGAAGCAGGAAUUGAACUCGCAGGUAGAAACUUUCCAAAAUACCGUUUAUGACUACUUUAGCGAGCAAUAUCCACCACGUAAUCGUUAUGCUCGCAAAAAUAAUGACAAUUCGUUCAAAUUAAAAAUGCGGAAGAAAAAACGGGAAUUAAUAAAAAAUCUACGUAUAGCCAAAGCUCUAGGCGACAAUCACCUUAGUCAUCAACUAGCUAGGGCGUUAAGGUCAAUCCUUAAAUUAAUCCAGGGAAUAUCGGCGCAAACUGCAGAAUAUCGCGAUAAUUUUGACCGGGCAAAACAAGAAGUAGAUUUCGAUAAAAACCCUUUUGAGUAUUCGAAAACCAUUUUUAAGAAAGAACGCGGACAGCUUCUCUUGACCAACGAUCAAAUUUACGACCAUUUUAAGAGCACAUACGAAGUGCCUAAAAGUUUAAGACGGUAUAGGGAUCCAAACGAUCAAAAACCUGAAUUUCCUCGAAUCGAAUUCCACGGCAUUCCACCAACGCUAGAGGAACUAAGUAGUCAGAUCAAGAGGAAGUCGUCUAAAUCUGCACCGGGACCCGAUGGUAUCCCAUAUAUAGUCUUUAAAAAAUGUGCAUCGGUUCGUAAACACCUCCUAAAUAUAUACGGUAAAAUCUGGUCAAGGAAGCAAAUCCCGGAGUGCUUCGGGAAAGCAAUUUUUGUCCUCAUUCCCAAAAAAGAUCGAGUUACUGAUCCGAAAGAUACUAGACCGAUAGCUUUAACAAAUACUAUAUCGAAAAUCUUUUUCUCGGUUCUACAAACGAGAAUGACGCGAUUCAUGCUCAGCAACAACUAUUUUAGGCCAAAUCACCAGAAAGGGUUUUUACCCGGGAUUUCUGGAUGCUUAGAACACAACACCUUGCUGUCGGAGAGUUUAAAAGAUGCUAGAAAAAGCGAGCGGCAAAUCACUGUUUGUUGGAUAGACUUGGAGAACGCGUUCGGGUCGAUACAACACGAAUUGAUGCUAUUCGCGCUUAGAUGGUACAACUUUCCACCCCUAGUUAGAGAUAUGAUCGCGUCGUAUUACUCAAAAUUAAGGUUUUCUAUAAUAACUAAAGAAGGCCCUUCAAAAAGUUUGAGUUAUAAUGUAGGACUGUUUCAAGGUUGUUGUCUAUCUCCAAUUGCGUUUAAUAUCGUAAUUAACAUCUUAGUAGACAAAUUAAUCUGUAACGAGAAAAAAUGGGGUUAUCGGUUUAAGUUUAAUAAUAAAUACACGGAAUCCAUUUUAGCCUUCGCUGACGAUCUCGCAAUACUGACACGUAACCCCAAACACUGUCAGGUACUAUUGGAUGAAGUGGAUAAAUUCUGUGAGUGGACGGAUGGAUUGAGGACAAAACCCAGUAAAUGUCACUGUCUGUGUCUUGGUAGGCGGAAUACAAGAUACACCUCAUACGAUCCGGGACUAUCGUUAGGCGGUCAAUGCAUUUCUACGGUUACGGAAAAUGCACCAUUUAAAUUUCUCGGUCGUAAGAUAGAUAAUAUAGGCCGUACUCCAUCUUUAGAAGGAAUAGUAGAUAGCUUUUUGAACGAUCUUAACAAGUUAGAUGCAGGCGUCAUAAAGAUGUUGAAGUUGUGGCUUGGGCUCGCUCUAACGGCUGAUUCAUCGGCGUUAUUUAGGGGAAGCAAUAGUUUUGGGAUGAGUCUAAAAAGGCCAUCGGAGCUCUAUAAACACCUAAGAGUUUCCAAGAGAUAUAUCCUGGGGAAAUCCCAUGAUGACAUAGUGAGAUCGCUCCCAAAAGAUGAAGAUGCCCCCGAAAUGAUAAAUAUAAGAUCCAUGCAAUGA